AUAGCAAAUAAUUCAAUUAUUUUCCCAUUUUUUAUAGACAUUCAUUUGUUACUUAUCAUAAAUUGAAGAACAUGGUGCAUUAUUUUUUGUUGAAAUUUAUUUAAUAAUUUUGAACAUGUCAUUGAUACAUUUUUUAAUUUAAAUCAUACUUUUAGUGCUUAUAAUUAUCUUAAAUAACAUUUUAUGGGGUGACAUCAAUAUAUUUUUUUUACGAUAAUAAAAUUUUCGGCCUCCGAACUUAAAAUCCUGGCUCCGCCCCUGCACCGAGGAUGGAUUACUUUUAAGUCGGUCCACGGGAAAAGAGUAUUUCCAUUAGACCAUUACCAUUUACCAAGCCACCUAUCAAGUUCAAGUCGCUCGAUAACAUGAGAACAGGCUUGUCACUGUCAGCCGUUUGACCGAGUAAAUGAACAUGGUAACCCAAGUUCUGCAAACCAGCACCUGACCAAGUAAAUGACCUAAGUUUUAAUCUUCAAUCCAGUCCAUUUAGCCAGACAAAGCCCAGCUCACCAUGAGCUUCAGCCCAAAUGCCCAAACCAAAUCCUAGCCCGUAACCAUUUUUUUCUCCCCUUUCAGACUUCAGUCGUCUCGUUAAGUCGGCGAAUUCCAAGAGCUAAUUUUCCCCGGCGACUGGUUCUAAAACCCUAAACCCUCUCCAGACAAAUCGACCCCCCAAUCCCUAACCUUCAAAUCCUCAUCCCUCUUCGUCCUCAUCAAUGGCUUCCUUCGGUACCAAAUUGGUUUCCAGGUCAUCCAUAUCCUCCAUUAAAGCUGCCCUCAGAUCCGGCGCUUCAAAAUCCAGAUCAACCAGCUCUCCUUCAUUCUUCUCCAGCGCUUCUUCUGCCACUCCUACCCGCCGCUUCUCCAUCUCCAGGAUUCCCUCUGAGCUGGGAUGCGCGGCGUCUUUGCUGCCGCUGCACAGCGCGGUGGCGACGGCGAGGAUGACGUCAUGCUUGAGCACGGCACCGAGGAGUUCCCGUGCGCUCUCUCAGGGCACAUAAUACCAAAAGAAAUAAACUGGGGAUCUGUCAAUUAUGGCCCACUGCAUCAUUAUCAAGUAUGACAUAAAUUAGUAUUUUGUUAGUAAUUUCCCAACUUGUGUGUUUUCGAUCAUAUUGCCUCCAACGGUCGGAGUUUCCAUGGAAAAGUUUUGCACUGCUUCACUUGGUUGCCUAUGUACCCAUACUCACUGAUGAGAUGAAAGGCUAGUUUUUUACCUCAUCAGUCUAAUUUCUUGUGUGGUCAUGACCUAGUGUAUGAAUCUCUAUAUAUACUAGAUGUCUUGGUAAUACACUGCCCUGUAUUUAAUUCUGAUUGGGCACAGUACCAAACCUCUGAGUAGACUCCUGUAUCAAAGUUCUACUUAAUUUUCCGGUUAGAAGAUGUCAAAUAAGAGGUUGUGUUUUAUUGAUGUAUUCAAGGCCAGCUUUUGAAUGCCGAUAUCGAACAAGGUAGGCUGGGGCUGUGCUAUAUCUGCAAAGCUUGUCCUACAUUUGCCGAGUCUUGGUCAUGCUAGUUCAACAUUUAGUUAGAAUCGAAAUACAUCCAAUGUAGAGUCUGUUAGUGUUGUUGUAUAUGAUCCACGAUUGAACCUCUUCCAACAACUCGAGUUAUUGGGAGCAACUGGUUCUUGACAUGGUAUCAGAGCCUUCUGUGACCGAGAGGUCUUGUGUUCGAUUCCCGGUGACCCCCAUUUGUUAAGCACAUGGUAUUCUUGUCUUCAGACCUGUGCAAACUUCAAGCCCUUGUGAUUGGCUUUCGUUUGAGGGGGCUUGUUAGUGUUGUGGUAUAUGAUCCACGAUUGAACCUCUCUCAACAACUCGAGUUAUUGGGAACAACUGGUUCUUGACAGAGUCAACUUCCACUGGAACUUCUUGUUGCAUGCAAUCUCCUAUCCAUGUUUUGCCGUGUUCACCUGAAAUUUGAAAAUCUAUUCCCUUCCUAUUGUUGAGCGACAAUUUUCAUUUGAAGUUUGAGUCUAGUGUCUGCCAAAUUCUGUUAUGCAUAAGGCUAAGUAGAAUUAACAUCUUAGAAGCUGAGGACGCGUCUGCAAUAGCAUAACUAACAAAUUAGGGUAGCAGCUAAACUGCAAGAUUCUGACAUGAUUUUGCUCAUAGAUAGUAAGUAUUUCUCAUGAAGCGAGUGUAAUAUGGUAACAUCAGUGCUCCUUUUACCAGAUGAUGUUGAUGGGACGUGAGAGAAGUAUGCUGUUUUGGAGGUGGGCUCUUUGACCAACUAUGCAGUUUGUGAUUGAAAAACAAAGUGGAAAACAGUACUGUUUAGACAAGUAUCAGGUAGUUGUCCGUUGAUUUUGCUAAGGCGGAAAAUACUGGACCAUAUCUUGCCUUCAGUACUUGGUUUUGGUCUAUGAUUGCUAGGAAUAUGGUCUUGAAUAUAAUACACGACUACUUAUUGUCGCCCAUUGUUCAGUACCUAAUUCAAGUAUUUGUUUUUCUCUGCAAUAGAGCUCGGGCUGUCAGUUCCAAGGUGAUUUACGACAAGAAACUCAUGAUAAUAUAGGUCAUUUUGCCUUGUUCUCAGAAGCAAGGCUCGUUCUGUAGAGCUUUUCAUGUCUGUGAAGAGUGGACAGCUUAUAUGUAAAAUGCUUGCCAGCUUCAAACUUUUAGAAGCAGUUCAGAAUUUGUAUUUGAUUCUUUGGUGAUGCAAACUUGAGCUGUAUGAAUUGAAUACCCUGGCCGGUUAAAUUCUUGCAAUUUUUGACUAUAGGUGAAGGACAAGUCAAUUUUUCUCAUUUGAUGUUUUGAGCGACAAACAACUCCACUUGCUAAUUAUUAAAUUAUCCAUCCGUAG